CAAAGCCAACUUCAUUCAUGUCUUAAUAUAUUUUUCAGUUUCAAUUGUUUCAUAAAACACAUGAAAUUUUUUAAUUUAAAUUUUAUUUAUUUGUUGUCUUUGAGGAUGAACAUUUUUCCAGUCGUACUGAUUUUAUUUGCCGUGCGGUUUCUAGCAGUGCUCAGCGAUGAAACACGAUUAUUUACGUGUGAUUUUGAUCUUGUUACCCCAGAUGGUAAAGGAUAUACUAGCCCAUUGUCGCCUCAAUUCUUGAGCAGAAAAUGUGUUGCUAUCUACGACAAGAGGUUUACUGAUAGGACUACGUACGAUAUGUAUCUAGAAGAAGCCAGAGCAUUUAAAGAAUAUCUGAUGGCGAUUGAAAGUUAUGAGGCGAGAAAAUCUGGAAAGGAACUGUGUGCGAACAAAGAAUAUGCGCUCGAUAUCUGGGAACGACAGUUUUUCUACAAGCAAGUAGAUUUGUGUGACUGCUACAAGAAGAACAAUCAGGAAACUUUUCUGAAGUGCCUCACGGAUAAACGACGUGAACUGGCGAAUAUAAUAAAUACUUCCGAAUACUACUAAAUUGGGUCAUAUUUGAAAAGCUUUAUUAUGAUAUAAACAUGUAUACAAAUAUUUUCGUACUGAAUGCGAUUUAUAUAUGUGAAAUUUUUAGUGAAUGGUGUUUACAAUAUUUUUGAAAUAAACUGUACCAUUAUACAAAAUACAACAUUUGAAGAGCG